UUAUUAUUAUUAUCAUGUUCAUCAAUAUUAUUCUUUCGCUUGAUACCUUAGACCGAAUGUUGCUAUCAAAUGCUCAUUUUCAACGACGAACCCGGACAAUGGCCUUAUAUGAGAAAACAUGAGGAUCAAUUGGAGUUUUACUGCCAUGGAACACGUGACUUUGACGUCAUCGAUGAACGCUGGUGGUACAUCGCCAUUGCUCAUUGCGGCGGCGAUGGAAUUACCAACUUCAAGUAUAAUAUCAAUAUGACUAAUGGCAAGACGGCAUUCGACAACCAUUUCUCAGCUGAUGAACGAUAUAUUCUUCAAACGGACAUAGUAUUUCUCGGAAUUUACCUUAUGAUCUGUGGAUGCCUUCUAAAAUUCAGAAACUUGAUGAUUGAGCAGCGAAUGCUGAACGUCACCUAUCGGCUCUUCAGUUACUCAUGUUACCUACAGACUAUUAGCCUCCUUUUCCAGACUAUUGCUUAUGGAAUGUUUGCGUACGAUGGCACUGGUGUCGAACGUCUACGAAAACUUGGCGAAAUGAUUUCAUCCACGUCGACUCUCCUCUUUGUACUGUUACUCAUCUUGGUUGCUAAGGGAUACACUGUCACUCGUGCCCGUCUGAGGUCAGUUACCAGCAUUAAGAUCGGCGUUUUCACAUGCUGCUACUUCUUCAUCUACUUUGGACUUUACGCCCUGCAAGAAGUACUGUACGACCCACGAGAUGUUGUCAACAAAUACGACUCAUUUGCCGGACUUGGAAUUGUCAUCAUGCAUGUCAUUGGAUUGUUUUGGAUGUACUACGCGUGUUUCUUCACCAUCAAACACAAUCAUAGUAAGGCUAUGUUCUACAUUCUAUUCAUCAUCAUCUUCACAACUUGGUUCCUUGCUACUCCCAUCACCAUCUGGAUGUCCACUGGAUUCAUUGCGAAAUGGCAGAGAGCUAAGAUUGUGAAUGGUAUGGAAUUGUUCACUAUCUUCAAUGGCCACAUGGUGUUCCUGCUCUUGACUCGACCUGCUGCCAACAACCGUUACUUUCCAUUCCACCUGAAGACGAACACGGUUGGUGUUAUAAAUGAUGUUGAUAAUUACGAUGAAGAAAACCCAUCACCACCGCCAUCAGACUUUUCAUCUCUUUUCAGUGCCACUAAAGCCAAAUACCUGACCGAGUCCGAAAGCUCUGUCUCUCUAAAAGUUCCGAGUGAUGGAAGACUAUCUACAAUUAGCCAAACCAUUAAAAUGACGAACCCUACCAAUCAAACAGACAACGUUCCGGAUGCUGCACCACCUGGCUCAUCUCCAUCAGGCGACGUAGUAAAGCCUAGCUUGCCAACAGCCGAGGCCAGUAUACUGCCAAGGGGCAGGUUUAUAUUGGUAAAGGCCUAUGUCGAAGAAUAA